UCUUAAUUAUUUUUAAUAAUUUUAAAAUUUGCAUAAAACAUGAAAAUAUCCUAUAUUAAAACAACAAUAAAAUCUUUUAUUUUUCAAAAAAAAAAAAAAAAAUCUUUUAAAUAUCUUAAUACAUUUAUUGAAAACUUAGGAAGUAAGUAGGAAGAAUUAAAACUUUUUGAGCUAAUAGAAACUAUGGGCCCAAAUUAUAAUUAUAAGAUUAUAACUGGGGCAAACAAUAAAUUCGGUUAUUUGCAGAAUAGGUCCCUUGAAACUAUCUCAUUUUCAGAAUCUCCCUCGCCAAAAUGUUUUCUCUUACCAAGAGUGCGAAGUAUAGACUUCUUAAGACUUUUAGUAGAAUCUUUUCAGUUUCACGACUAAGUAAGGAAGGAGACUGUGACCUUACUCCAUCCUCCACUAUGCUCAGCUCAGAUCAGACCUCCAAACCCCAAAGCGACGCCGUAGAUGUCUUCUGGCACGAAGGAAUGCUCCAACACGACGCCGUCCAAGGCGUCUUCGACACGGGAAUCAACCCCGGAUUCCUCGACGUAUUGGAGAAGCACCCGGAGAACGCCGACAGAGUCAGGAACAUGGUUUCGAUUCUCCAACGUGGUCCCAUCUCUCCCUAUGUCAACUGGCUUCCCGGUCGCCUCGCAAUCGUCUCGGAGCUUCUAACGUUUCACACUUCAGAAUACAUAAACAAGCUAAUAGAGGCAGAUAAAUCAGGAGAAAGGCGUGAAAUCUCCGCAGGUACUUUCAUGAGCCCAGGGUCUUGGGAAGCUGCGCUUCUUGCAGCCGGAACAACUCUAUCAGCAAUGCAACACAUUCUCGACAGCCACGGCAAAAUAGCUUAUGCUCUGGUUCGCCCACCAGGCCACCACUCUCAGCCCACUCAAGCUGAUGGGUAUUGCUUCCUCAACAACGCAGCUCUCGCCGUGAAGCUAGCGUUGGAUUCAGGACGCUGCUCGCGAGUUGCGGUUGUUGACAUCGAUGUGCACUACGGGAACGGCACAGCUGAAGGGUUUUACAGGUCUGAUAAGGUUCUCACGGUGUCGCUGCAUAUGAACCACGGGUCGUGGGGGUCGUCUCAUCCGCAGAGAGGGUCUGUUGAUGAGCUUGGUGAAGGUGUGGGGUUGGGUUAUAACUUGAAUGUUCCUUUACCUAAUGGUACUGGUGACAAGGGUUAUGAAUAUGCGGUGAAUGAGCUGGUCGUUCCUGCUGUUAGGAGGUUUGGACCUGAUAUGGUUGUUCUUGUUGUUGGUCAAGACUCUAGCGCUUUUGAUCCAAACGGGAGACAAUGCCUGACGAUGAACGGAUACAGAAGGAUUGGGCAGAUAAUGAGGGCAAUGGCAGAGGAGCAUAGCAAUGGAAGGUUGCUUAUGGUGCAAGAAGGAGGGUAUCAUGUAACAUAUGCAGCUUACUGCCUCCACGCCAUGCUUGAAGGCGUGCUGAAGAUUCCAGAACCGCAUCUUGAGGAUCCGGUCGCUUAUUACCCUGAAGAUGAAGCUGUUGCUGUUGAAGCUGUUAAGUCAAUCAAAAGAUACCACUCUGAAUAUGUUCCAUUUCUCAGAGGAACUUGAUGUUGUGUAGUUUUUGUUUUGUUCAUGUGUUGUAACAUUUUGGAACAUAGAUCCAUUCAAAUAAAAUCAUGUACUAUGA